AUGAAGUUUUCGCUGGCCCUCGCCGCCUACCUCUCCGCAAGCAUUGCCCUCGCUGCAAAGUUUGAUGUCCACUCUAUCCCCCGUGGAACCUCCAAGCAAGUCGUUCCGGGUGCUUACGUCGUCGAACUCGAUCCCUCUGUCGGUAUCUCCGCACUUGGCGGCUCGAAGCGCUCUGUCUCGCCUCACUCGCAUCUCUACGAACAUAUGAUGAAGCGAGAGAUCAGCUGGACGACGACUCAAGAGUACCUCAGCGACCUGUUCACAGGUGCAGCCAUCAGGCUCGAGAACGAAAAUGAUCUCGCCAACCUUGCAAGCAUCCAGGGAAUCAUUGACAUUCGUCCCGUUUACCUCCAUCCACCACCAAAGCCAUUCGAUCAGCAUGUCGUAACCGGUCCCAACGACCCGGCUCUGCCACCAGACACCUUCUCGACACACAUCAUGACCGGUGUGGAUAAGCUACAUGCCGAGGGACGCUUCGGAGCGGGCGUCAAAAUCGGUGUGAUUGAUACAGGCAUCGACUACAAGCACCCAGCACUUGGAGGGUGCCUUGGAGGGAACUGCCUUGUCAAGUCGGGCUACGACUUCGUAGGCGAUGCUUACAACGGCACAAAUGCCGUGAUUCCAGACGACGACCCCAUGGACUGCAAUGGCCACGGCACCCAUGUGACUGGAACCAUCGCCGCACUUCCAGACAACCAGUAUAACAUUUCUGGAGUUGCAUACAAGGCGAAUAUUGCAGGCUACAAGGUCUUUGGCUGUGAGGGAAGCGUUGCCGAUGAUAUUCUUGUCGCAGCUAUCACUCGCGCCUACAACGAAGGCUGCGACGUGAUUACACUCUCCAUCGGUGGACCUUCGGGCUGGACGUCUGGUGCCAGCUCAGUCGUUGCUUCGCGCGCGGCAAAAGCGGGAAGAAUCGUCACCAUUGCGGCCGGUAACGAGGGCUCGUCUGGCAUGUUCUAUGCCUCGGGACCCUCUGCCGGUAUUGAUGUCGUUUCGGUUGGAAGCAUUGACAACACGGUCAUCCCGAUCCAGCACGCCAAAGUUUCCGGCCACGACGACAUUGUCUACUACUCGCUCGCACCCCUCAACUUUACUGAGACCCUCCCCGUCUACCCGAUCAGCAAGACCAUUGUCGCUGACGAUGCAUGCAAGCCGCUGCCUGCUGACACUCCCGACCUCAGCAAAUACGUCGUCCUCAUCCGCCGUGGAAGCUGCCCCUUUGUCACCAAGCUUGCCAACGUCGCGGACAAGGGUGCUCGCAUCGCUUUGGUCUACAACAAUGGUGGAUCGCCCGUCAGCUUUGAGCCUGAGCGCAUUCCUGGCGCCCUCAUCGAUACCGACGCUGGUGCAUACCUCCUCCAGCAGUACCUCGCCGGUUCUCCCCCGACCAUCUCCUUCCCGCAAUCUGGUGGUGCAGGAACGGUAAACAACCCGACAGGUGGUCUCAUGUCGUCGUAUAGCACCUACGGCCCAACCUUUGAUGCUUACCUCAAGCCCUCUGUGUCCGCCCCAGGUGGUGGUAUUCUGUCCACCUAUCCACUUGCGAAGGGUGCCUUCGCCAUUCUCAGCGGUACCAGCAUGGCCACGCCAUUCGUCGCUGGUGUUGCUGCGCUCUUGUUCGAAGCCAGAGGAAAGAACAAGGAUACCGCUCGCGCUGCUCGUGACCUCUUGCAGACGACGUCCAUCGCCGUCCCGCAAACUCGUAACGAGACUUCGCUUUUGCAGACUGCCUCUGUUCAGGGUGCCGGUCUCGUCAAUGCGUACAGUAUGAUCCAUUACCAGACGGUGGUCACUCCUGGCCAGCUCCUCUUGAACGACACUGCACACUUUGACGGCCGCAAGUCGAUCAAGAUUACAAACAAUGGCAAGAAAAAGGCCGUGUACACGCUCUUGCACAGGCCCGCAGGAACUGCUCAGUCGUUGCCGGCUGGCUCGAUUCAGCCCAACCUGUACCCAGUCCCGCUGACGUCUGACUUUGCGACUGUAUCGAUGCCGACCUCUGUGACCGUCAACCCUGGUCAGAGCAAGUCUGUCUCGAUCCAAAUUACUGCUCCUCGCGUCGACGCCUCGACCAUCCCCGUCUACACUGGCUACAUCCAAAUUGCCAGCGACUCUGGCGAGACACUCUCGGUCACAUACAUGGGUAUUGCUUCCAAGCUGCGCGAUGCGACAAUCUUGGACAAUACAGACGAGAUGUUUGGCUUCAAGCUCCCUGCCUUGCUCGAUGCCUCUGGCAACGCCACGACGAGUGUCCAGACCUAUGAUUUCAAGGGCCAGAACUACCCGACCAUUCUCUUCCGCCUUGCAAUGGGCACGCGCAGCCUCGUGUUUGACCUCGUCUCAGAGGCGACGACCGUCCCUGGGACCAUCUCGAAGCGUUCUGUCGAAGAUGGUGUCGAGCGACGAGGACUGUUCAGUGACAUCUGGAACUGGUUCAAGGGAUGGCUCAACGGAGGGAACACGAGCGGUGGAACCUAUGCGCAGAUCAAGACUGUGGGUGGUCUUGCCUCGUACGAAUACAACCCUCGCCACACGCAAUCGGAAGAGGUCGACGUUGGCUACAGCACGUUUGCGAUUGUCAACGGCACGUUUGCGAACCAUACGGCCAUUCCGAACGGACGAUACAAGGUUCUUGUGCGUGCGCUCAAGAUUUCGGGAGACUUGAAAAAGGAAGAGGACUACGAGGCAUGGUUGUCGCCCGUCAUGGUGUUCAACGCGACGCGUGCACACGACUUUUACGAGACAGACGAGAGGCUCACGCUGUCCGUGUACAUUCGUGGCGCGGACCCAGAACAGACCAAAGUCGAGUUUAAAGAAGACUCUCUCGAACUUUCAUCUGGCGAGUCGAAGCUGUCGCUUUCGCCGCUCAAGGGAAGAAUCGUGCCUGAUUCGUGUGAAUAUACGGUUGGAAAAGUCAAGAUUGAAGUUCGACUCAAAAAGGCGACCGAGGGACGAUGGGGAGCGCUCGUGGGUGAUCCAACGCAGCAAGACCCUACGUUGUCCGCAUUCCCUACGGCGCAAGAGCCAGUGCCUGUGCGGCAAAAGCAGCGCAAGAACUGGGAGCAAGUGUCAGAAUCGAUUCUCAAGGCUGAAAAGGACAAGACGACCAACGAGGAUCCGAACGCGGGUGGGGACGCGGCGUUGAACGGCUUCUUCCAAACGCUGUACAAGGAUGCGGACCCAGACUCUCAGCGAGCGAUGAUGAAGAGCUUUAUCGAGUCUGGAGGGACGACAUUGUCGACCAACUGGGACGAAGUGAAAAAGGAAAGGGUGACGGUCAAGCCGCCCGAGGGGUCUGAGUGGAAGAAGUGGGGGGCGUAG